GAGAGGGUAUCAAGGACUUAUAAUCACUCUUGAUAGUAGCGGCCCAGAGGUUUACCAGACAAUGAAGUGACCUGCAUUUUACAUUACGUUCAUUGUGCGCGUGUGGAAACGAUAACUCCAGGGCGAAGUCGACACGAUGGUACAGCAGUAGCCUACGUGUUGUGUCUGCUGCUAAUAAUUUCAGUGUCCUGCUGUGAUUUUGUCGUAUUUGUAGAGCUAACUGGCGAAUUGUUGUCCCAGUCGCGUAUCUGAGAUUUAGUUUCGGGGCCGCAGCAACGCGUGUGACUGACAGAUUUAGACGAUUAUUUAUGCUAUUGAUAAGGUUGUCAAAUUAUCACUGGUCGGCUACACGUCUGGCUGUGGACACAAUGUACAACUGCCAUUGUGGCAAAGAGUUGGAGCCUCUGAUAUACGCCCAAUACGCAGUCUAAACGCAGACAAUGGAUCUGAGUUUGACCGAUGCUCUGACCGAUGGCGUCGUGCCCCAGACUGGCUCAGAGAACCUGCUGCAGAGGGACUUUGUUGCAGCUCUAGAGGCAGAGAGCUACGAUGACAAAGUGGGGGAGACCAUUGGGAAGACAGAGUACCACCCCCUGCUGGACAAUGAUGGGAAAAAGGAAGGCUCUGGGAUGAUGCCAUCGGGACAGACACCACAGAACCAGGAUAUGCAGGGGGACAUGUGGUCCUUCCAGGCCGAACAGCAGGUCAUGAACGCAGACUUCCUGUCAGGCCCAGUCUCCGUGGGUGGAUUCCCAGGCCAGUGGGGUACCCAGCCCAUGGUCCCUGAGGUGAAGGCCAGCAGCCUCACAGACCCCUUCACAGGAUUCACCCAGCAGGGGAUGGACAUAAUGAAUAUGGAUGUGGGCAUGGCCCCCCUUUCCACUGCGAGGCCCCCCAGCAUGGCAGAGCCCCAGCAGCCAUCGCCUCUCAUUGCCUCCGUACCCCCAAAACUGGCCCAGAUGCCCAACAAGCCCAAUGAUCUGAAUCCCUUUGAGAGCCCGUUGGACAUCCUCAGUGCCCCCGACAACACUGCAGGAGUCCCGGGUGGCCCCUGGGCGGGCGAGGGUGGGCUACAGACGGACCUUUCCUUCACACCCAGUGACUCUGCGGCGAUCAGUUGCCAUGCCGAUGAGAUGGCAGAUUGCUCCCCUGAACCCCCGGGUGCAGACGAGUGCCACCAGCAGAGCGGCGGGGUUGAGGAGGAGAGGGGGAGCGAGGGAGGAGGAGGCAGGAGGCAGAAAAAGAAGAAGAAGAGAAGGCAGAGGGAGGAGAUGUAUGACGUCCUGGAGUCUCAGGGACCCCAGGGUGAAAACCACAGCCCCACCGGAGUCUACCCAGGCAUGGAAUGGGAGUUCGAUGAUGGGGGCAGAAUUGGGGCCAGGGGCAAGAAGGGCAAGAGCCGAAAGAGAAUCCCAGAGGAGUGGAGUGCCCUCCAGGAGCCGCCCCUGACAGCCCCGCCCCAGGGACCUGCCGGGGACCCCUGGUCCAUGAGCACCCAGUCCCAGGAGAGCUCCACCCAUGAAGCCCUCAGCCCGCUGAACAGCCCCACGCCUGCAGGGGCCGAGGAAUCGCCCACCACCCCCUCCACCCUGAGCUCUGAAGCCCCCCCCUCUGUACUUGCCAGCCUGGACAGUUACCUGGCUGCAGGGGCAGAUUCCUGUGACCCCAGCAUGGAGACGGAGAUCGCCCCCCUCCGCUCGGACCUUGCCGUCCCCCCAGAUUCCCUGCAGGAGAAGGGGCUUGUUGAGAAAGCUGUGUCUGUGGAGGACCCCUCCAAUUCCAGCUCUCUGCAAAAGUCUUCCACAAAGGAUGCCCCUGUGCCCUCUGCCCCUCCCCUCUCCCAGUCACCUAAUCCUUUCCAGGUUCCCUCACCUGCUGAAACACCAGUCCCUGCCCCUAUCCCACCCCCAUCUCCAACACCCUGCAAGGACAGCCCCCAUUUGGAACCACUGGUUGGAUAUUCCCCUCCCUCAACCACUGCAGAGGCUCCAGUUCCCAAAGGUGAUCUUGUUGCGUCCGCUAAUCACAACGAGCCUGUUCCUGUAAGCCCCUCCCAUACUCCACCCCCCUAUUCCCAGACCCCUCCCAUUACCAGCUCUUCCUGCGCACCUUCUGGUUCCUUCCCCAUGGUGAGCUCCGCCCUGAACCCUGCAGCCCCACCCUUUUUUCCCAGCCAGUCAGAGUACCAGGAGCCCCAGCUGGAGGGCUGGAGGGAGGAUGAGGGGCCGGCAGACCCCUCAGUGACUGAAGUGAAAACCGAGAAGGCCGACAAGCCAGAAAAUGUGGAAAAGAUGGACAGCUUCCCGAAGACGGAGAAGCUGGACAUGCCUGAGAAGACAGACGAGCCAGAGAAGAUGGACACGCCAGAAAAGGCAGAAAAGAUGAGCGGCUCCCCGAUGAUGGAGAAGGUCGAUGUGUUUGAGAAGAGAGGCGAGUGGGAAAAGGUGGAUAAAGCGCGUGAGUUUCAAAAGGAAGAUAAGGAAGGGAAGUGGGAGAAAGAAAAGGCUGAGAAAGACAAGGCCGAAAAAGACACGACUGAGAAAGACAAGACUGAGAAAGAAAAUAUUGAGAAAGACAAGGCUGAGAAAGAAAAAACUGAGAAAGACAAGACUGAAAAUGAAAAGACGGAGAAAGACAAGAUUGAAAACGAAAAGACGGAGAAAGACAAGACUGAGAAAGAAAAGGCUGAGAAAGGCAAGACUGAGAAAGGUGAGCCCAAGAAAGACAAGCCUGAGAAAGUGGAUCAGCAGAAGAUGGGCAAAGCGACUGAGAAGCCCCUUAAGAAGGAGAAUGGCCUGAAGACUUCCAAAGCACCGGAGAAGGUGACUGCAAAAGCAGCUGGAAAACCUGCAGCAGCUGCUGGGACCAGAGCAGCGCCAGGCAAGGACCUGCCCAGCUCUGAUAAGAAGACAAAGCCCUCUGUUGCGCCGGCCAAGGCGAGCUCCGCCAAAACGCGGCCAGCCUCGCUGCCCUCCGGGGCCCCCGCGUCCAAACGCCCACCCCCUACCUCCACCAACUCCCUCUCGGCCCCCAGCAAAAAAAUCCCCGCCCCCACCAAGGCCACCACCCCCACCGCUGUUACCAAGCGGCCCUUGCCUGUUGCCAGCCACCCAACUGCCUCCGCCCGUGAAGCCAAGCCCAAGACUGAAAGACUCCCCCCUGCGCCGAAGGCCAACACGGCGAAAUCCUCAGCCCCUAGGAACGGGUCCUCCAGCACCACCGCCUCCAAAGCACCUGGCGCCCCCCGCGUGCCCCUGUCCAACCGCACGUCCGGCAGCGCCCCCUCUCUGCGGCGCUCCACCCUCCCCAAGACAGAGAACAAAGCAAGCGAGACCAAGAAGCUCAGCACUCUAAAGAGCACAACAGCAGACAGUAAUCGUCCCAGGACCAGCCCUGGCACUGGGGUCAGCAGCACGGCACGCACCCGCCCCACUAAACCCCCCACGCCCACCUCCGCCGCGCCCGAUCGGAAGCCCCUCGUCCCGCGGGCCCCGCGGUCCUCAGCCCGCCCCAGCACCGCCCCGUCGCCCGACAUCAAGAACAUCCGCUCCAAGGUCGGCUCCACGGACAAUAUGAAGCACCAACCUGGUGGGGGCAAGGGUUCAUCAGCACAGGGCAGGACUGACGCCCUGGCACAAUCCUCCCUCUCCAAAGAGACCAGCCAGGGCAAAGUUCAGAUAGUCAACAAAAAGGUGGACUUCAGCCAUAUCACCUCACGCUGUGGCUCCAAGGACAAUAUCAAGCAUGUUCCUGGGGGGGGGAAUAUCCAAAUUCUCAACAAGAAAGCUGACCUGAGCAAAGUUUCCUCCAAGUGUGGCUCCAAGGACAAUAUCAAACAUAAACCAGGAGGUGGUGAUGUGAAAAUCCAGUCCCACAAGGUCAACUCCAAAGUUUCAUCCAAAGUGGGGUCAAUGGAUAACAUGAACCAUGAGUCAAAGGACAACCUUGCGAAGGGAGAUGUAGCUCCCUCUAGUGGUGCCCUGGACACUGAACCAGAAAGCACAGUCCAGGACAACGGCCUGAAGCUGACAGCCAACCUGGGUGAUGGGUUUUGGGACCCCCAGGCCCUGGACACACGCAUUCCUGAGACAAAUUGAGGCACAGAAGCUGUGCUUUAGCUCAGACAACCUGGCCCCGCCCGCCUGCAAUGAUUCUCUUGGGUCCACCGGCUUCUCCACCCCCACCCCACCCCACCCCCCCAUCCCAUUCCCAUAUCGCCUCCUUCUCUGCACCUGCCAGGGGUGUGCAACAACACACUAGCAAGGAAUCAAUCUCAGUCUUCCCAGGCUCCCACACACACACACACACACAAAGAUAUACACAUACCUAAAUGCAGACAACACACAAACAUGCACAUACACACACUGACACACGCAUACAUACGAACACGCGCAUACACAAACGUAUAAUAUAAAGGUUUAUAUUAUCUGAGCAGUAGACUGUAUGACUCACAUAAAUCUGGUGUGCUUGGUGACCAUGUUCGCAUAAUUAAUGUAACAGAUGAACCGUGUUCUAAUAUCUUUACCUCUUUUUUUUUGCACUUUGCUUUUAUUUUUUAAUGAAGGAAAUCAGUCCUUGCCGUGAGGGCACACAAAGUCAUACACACACUGCGGUGUCAUGAAGGAAUGCUGGGAAAACGGCCACCUGACCUGGCGUAAGCUCAUCGGUCAAAUGUCUCCGACUUUUCCCAAGACCUUAUUGUAAGUAGAAAGCGGGAGGGAUGGCCUUUUCCCCAUCACUGCCUCAGACACCGUGGUGUAGUUACACAGACUGACUUACCUCCACUGUGAGCUUCGAAGCAGGAUGGAGAGGGAUGUGAAUGGGGGGGGGGGGGGGGGGGGAUGAGAAUUCUGAGAAAGUGAUUAAUUCUGCUUGUGAUGUAUAUUUGUAACUGAAUGAAAAAAGUGAACUGGUCCCAUGCCAAUGCAGAAAUGAAGGGAUCUGUGUGGCCUCCUUGUACAGAUAAAGGGACUGUCCUUAAAAAGACAAACAGACAGAAGGCCAAUAUUAUCGUUUAGUGGCCUAGCAGACUCAUAACCCUUUGAGGCUUAAUAUUUAAAUUAAUUAACUGUAUUAACCUAUUGCAUUGGUUCUCUUGCCCAAGCUUUAGGGCUCAGCCUUUCUUUGAAUGAAUCAACUUAUGGGAAAAAUAGGCAAAAUGAUGUAUGUGUGUGGGGAGCAGCAAUGGGUACAUAACUUCCAUAAAGCUGAAGGGGGCUGCCUCAUCUACAGUAUCCUGCACAUGUCUUGUUCCAGUAGUCAGACCUAUGUACUCUUUGAAUAUCUGUAGCAAAGUGGUGAAACCUCUAGUCAUUGAUGUAACCCUGCAACUGUGGAAGGAGUAGGGUGGGACACCUUUGUAUAACCUAAAUGUGCCACAGUGUGUAAAUGAACACUAAUUAUGGACUGUAUGCAAGAACUUUCUCAUCUGAAAUUCACAUGUAUUAAUAUUAAAAAAACAUUUUUUUGCAUACACCACCUUGGCUGCCUCGAGGGGGGGAGAGAGAGAGAGAAAGAGAGGGAGGGGGAGAGAGAGAGAGAGAGAGAGAGAGAGGGUGCUUUGGUUGGCUGGGGGCAGAGAGAGGGAGGGAGGAUGUGGGCCUAACUGGGGGAAGUAAAAAUGAGCAGGCAGGGGAAUACAGACAGGAGGAGAGGGGGAAAGAGGCUGUGGAAAACUACUGAGAGAGACUGAGGAACAGUAGAGCGAGAGCAAGAAAGAAACUGGCCUACCUAGCAACAGAGAGUAUAUCCGGCUGUGAAGCUGAAACAAGGUGGAGUGGCUGAGGAAGGGGUGGAGCCCAGGACUGUCUGAUUAAACAUGCGGGUGUGUGUGUGUGUGUGUGUGUGUGUGCGUGCCUGUGCAUGUACACGUGAGCAUGCGUGACUCCUGCUCUCUCCUGUUCCCACUGAUUCUGACUGCUACUGUAGCUGCUGAGACCAUAUGGCAUACUUUAGCUUGCUCUAAGUAUAACGAUGUGCACUUUAAUCAUAUUUAAGUAUACUAAAGUAAAUGACAGUAUAUGCCAGCAUGCUCUAAGUAUAUCGCUAUAUACACUUUAAUUUGUAAUAUUUAAGUGUAGUAAAGUGUAAAAGAGUAACCUUAAAAUACACUUCAGCAUACUCUAUUGUUUGCAUACUUAACCCACCUUAAUCACUCCAGAUCAGCAGUUGACCCCAUUAUCACCAUUAUACAGAGUAGUGCUUAUAAUGCAGAGCUAGUGCCUGAAAUCAUCACAAAGAAGCACCUAAUAUAUGACAUAUAGUAUGUUAUGAUGAAGAGCUUUCCUUUUGUUGGGAGAAUGUGUAUCCCUGUUUACACAGAGUGGUAUAAUAGUAGUGGGCCCCUUGUCACCAUGUCAGUGAAACAAAAGCUGGUGGACAUGCUGAAAAAUUGUUGCAACACAAAUCUCAAUUUUGUUUAGGUUUUAAUGUUAUGCAUUUUUGUCUGUAAAGCAACAUACAGUAAAGGUGAUCAUUUGUGACCGACAAAAUAGAAUCCAAACUGUUUCAGAGUAGUAAAGUAUUCAUUCAUGCCUGCACAAAGUACAUUAGGGACAUUUAAAAACCUAUUUAAACUAUAUGUUUUCAUAUAUACUUUGACAGGGAAGGCUUUUAGAUAUCUGCAGUAUGUCAAGUACAACAUGAGUAGUUGCUGAAUGUAUGGUGUAGCUCUCCCUUGUGGUGGGUGUGCUCACUGCAGCAGUUACUUAGCUUUGUUCUCCUGGUGCUAAGUCUGUCUUUAUGCUUGUCUCAGGCCAUUUUCAUUCUCAUUUAUCUUCCCUGAUUUUUACUAAUGACUUACACACUUCUUACUGACUUCACACAGUUGUAUAUAAAUGUAUGUCUUAUUUAUACACUAUAUCACAAUGGAAAAAGAAACCUUUUUUGGGCCAUAUGUAUGUUAAGUACAGCUGUAACAUUCAUUUUUAACUACUUCUGUACUCUUGAGAGUGUAGUGAAAAUCAGUGUUUGCCUUUUUGAAAAAGGGCUGAAGUAAAAGAAUGUUUUUAAAAUAAAAUGUAUUAGAGAAACAAGGUAGAUAUACACUACAGUAUAUAUGUGUAAUGUAUUUUUUUCCCCAGCCACUACAGGGUGGACAUGUGAGUGAGGUUUCAUUGUAGAGGCUAACAGACAGAGUGUUCUGUCUCUCUGCUUUGGCAACACACCACAGUCUGUUCCCCUCACACCCCAUUUUAAAUUAAAUUUACAUAGAUAUUAGUUCAUAAUAUCAGUGUGCCAUGUGAGAGUUGAGGACCCCUUGGACAUUAUGUGGCCAGAUGGGUCAGGGGUUAGAUUUGAUGUAUUUGUUAUUUUACCCCCCCUCCCCCACGCACACACACACACACAUGCACAGUAGCUCUCAUGUGUCUGAGACGAACGCCCUUUCACAACCUCUGUCAGUUUGCCAGUGUUUAUAUAGAGGAUCUCCUGUUAUACAAUGUGUUCCUGAAAAAGCAGUAAGGAGAAUCCCUUUCAUACCGUUGGUACUACAGCACGACAGUGCGUACACACACUUAUAGAACAAAUAAGAAGAGCAUGUAGAAGACAAUGGAUUUGUAAGGUAUAUUCUGUCAUGCAGGUUCUUUUUCUUUUGAUGUGGAACCUUUAUUGUCUGGCUUGAAAGAGAUGUUCGUUAUAGUUAAUUGUUAACUAGUGAUGUGCUAUUACUCAUGUAAUAAAAGGGGAAAAGUG